AUUACUCUGAUAGCCUACUAUUGUUUAAUAUUAUUAGUUGAAAGGAAUGAAUAUUUCAUAGUGAGACCAUGAAAAGCUGAAGCAAAAUAUACAUAUUUUCUUCGUUUAUGAAGUAGAAAAAUAAUUGAAUGGUUAGCUAUUCUGAAGUUAUUCAUUAGAUAAGUAAUAUAUUAUGAAUGGUUUAUAUAAGGUAUCGGUUAAGGUAAUGGGACUUUUAUUUUGACAUAAAUAUGACUGCAUGACGGAAGUGCGUGUCAUUACUUCUAUCGUUCCAUUUAGUGGCUUUAUGAGACGAAUUUAAAAAACGUAAAUACAAUCUAUUUUGUUUUAUUAGACUGCGACAGCGAUGUUUUUUGCUGUUACAAACUCAAUGGAAAAAAAAGAAUAUUGCCAUUUUUGUCUCAUUGUGUUUUAAGGAUGCCUCGCUUAUCGUAUCUGGUAAUUUACUGAGCCUAUUUUGAUUAUUUUCAGUGAGGGAAAUGUUUUGUUUUUGUUGAAAGUUUCUGUAAAACAUGUCACCCUCAAAUUGUGAAAAUCAAGACGUGUGGACAGUUGUACAGUUUGCAACGUUCACGCGACUGCUUUCUCUAUUUUUACAGACUAUACUGAAUGCAGUGAUUCCAGACCAUGUGGCAGAUGCCUUUAGCCCUCCGCGAUCAGAGACCCCUCUCCUGCUUGACCCUGUCAUCGAAGCAUUAUUUGGCGGCCUUAGUCACUGGGAUGCAGAGCAUUUCAUCUUCAUUGCAGAACGUGGAUACUUAUAUGAACACAAUUUUGCAUUCUUUCCUCUGUUUCCUCUCAUCCUGAGAUUACUGGCAGCCACGGCUUUGUGGCCUAUGUGUGGAUUUCUCACAAUGCAUGGCCGAUUAGUUUUAGCUGUGGCUAUAGGCAAUAGUAUUCUUUUUGUCACAAGUGCCGUGGCAUUAUACAAACUGAGUCGUUUGGUGGUGCAGAACAGAAAACUUGCCCUUGUUGCAGUCUUGAUGUACUGUCUGACACCAGCUAAUGUUUUUAUGGUUGCAGGCUAUUCAGAGACUCUCUUUGCAGCUCUCACCUUCUCAGGCCUCUGGUUACUAGAGAAAAGAUUCACAAUAGGAGCUUGUCUUCUGCUGGGGUUUGCUACGGGUGCUCGUGCCAAUGGGCUAGUGAAUGCUGGAUUUUUGCUGUAUCUCUCUUUGCAAUGGGGUCUUGCCCGUACCCGGGCCUUUAGCAAAGGAGAAGGGUGCGUUCGAUAUCGUCACUAUGUCUGGGAGCUUAUUCGUUUUGUGCUCAUAGGAGCAUUUUAUGCAGCUCUUGUAGCGCUACCUUUUUGCCUGUUUCAGUUCUAUGGUUACCAAACAUUUUGCCAUCCAACUGCUACUGAAGUUCCCCCUGUGCUGCUUAAUUUGGCCCGGGACAAAGGAUACCGUGUGGCUGAUGCAGACUCUCCAACACCAAGAUGGUGCCAAUGGCGAAUACCACUUUUGUAUUCGUACAUACAAGACGCUUAUUGGGAUGUGGGCUUCCUUCGAUACUUUCAAUGGAAGCAGAUACCCAACUUUAUUUUGGCGCUGCCUGUUGCAAUUCUGGGGUCCAUCGCCUCAUGUAUGUACAUAUGGACUAACCCAGUGUUUUGUAUGUUUUUGGGUUUGGGACACAGAGGAAAAGACAGAAAACUGCAUGGCUUCUGUAACCCAAAAGUCUUUGUUUACAUUGUGCACAGUUCUGUCCUUCUCCUUUUUGGGAUUUUCUUUAUGCAUGUGCAGGUGUUGACACGGUUUCUUGCUUCCUCUUCGCCUGUGCUCUACUGGAUCAGUGGCCACCUGCUUUUUCAGUAUGAACCUCUGCUGCAAGAUGAAAGGCUGUUCAGGCCUGACCAAAUACAACAACAAAAGGAUCACAAACCUCGCUUAAGAUGUGCUGUGGGGAUGUGCAGAAAUAAUCAAGUCCUUUACCUCUUGAUGCAAUGGCAGUCUUGCUCAGUUUAUACACGAUGCAUCCUAGGGUAUUUCAUAUCAUAUUGGUUUUUAGGUCUGGCUCUGCACUGUAACUUCUUUCCCUGGACUUAACGUUACAGGAAUGCAAUUAGCUUGUUUCAGUCUUCAUAACAUUCCUCUGCCCUGGUUUUGAAUUAUAUUAUUGCUGCUUGGCAAAUAUCUUUGUAAUUAAUGCAUUUUAUUAUUUUAAGACGUUUCUGGUGUUCCUUAAAUGGCUAAUAUAUAUUUUUGUAUUGGAUAACUAUUUAAUAAAUAUCCUUUUUGGAUUGUU